AUGGCUCCCAAAAAGCCCAAACUUGAUGAUGUGCCGUCGUCAUCUGCUGUGCUCACUCAUCCGCCAGUGACCUACGAGGAUCGCAACAUUCGUGUCGCUGGUACCGACAAGACGACAUACGAGGACGCAGUAGAGAAACUCAAGGCAGCCGGCAAUGGACGUCUUCUGUGCGAGCAUGAAUAUCCUGUCACUUUUUCUGCUCAGAUCAACAAAAACUCUGGCCGCGAUUACUUCUUCAACGAUGGGAAGCCAGCAGUUUUCUUCUUUAUGGGUGAAAUUGCCGGUAUCGAUGAUGGGACCGCACUGGGAACGGCUGGAAAUCAGAAUUUCUCAGAGAAACCCAUUUCAGCUUCAACUUGUGUUCGUCUGCGUCUUCGAAUCGAUAAACCUUCGGAGGCCCCACUUGAAGUCAGCAAUAUGUGGAAGAACAGUUUGGUAACCUUGGACAACAUCGCAUCAUACGAUGAAGAUCAUGAGGAGGAUAUCGACGAGACGUGGGCUGAGCGAGGUUGGCGGGCGGAGUUCCUAUUUGGGCGUAAAGGAGCUCUUCAUGGGCCUGCUGAGCUCAUCACUGUCGUCAGCGAACCAAUUUUUCCUCGUCCAAAUAAGAACUCGCCUACUAGUGGUGCUCGCAAGCGCGUGCGUCAUUCUCGCAAGACAGACACGCAAUCUUCACCUGCUGCAACGGACGAUGUAAAUAUGGAUCCUGAUCAUAUGACGACCCAGCCUGUUGGAGGGUUGUAUCCCAUCUCAACUAUGCCAGACGCCGACCAUUGGAUGCUGCGUGACCUUCCCGACUCUGUCGCUCAGCUCAACAUCCGCAAUCGUGAGGGUGAUCUGGUUCGUCCUUGGGAGUAUGCCGAGUGUCUCAAGCCGGGAACGCUGGUUAUCAUUGCAGCUCGACCAACCUGUUAUGUAUUUGAGGGUGGGAAGUCUGUAAACAAGGUCUACAUGUUUGUCAUGUCGUCGUGCCAGAUCGUGGCAGCGUCGCCAUCUGCCGUUCAAGAUCAUUCGGUUCGCGUUCAGAAGGAUACGAACGGGGCCAAAAGAAUUCGCCGAAACCCAGACAAUAUCUCCGCGAGUAUUGGACAUAAUAGCACACUGUAUACACCAUUCGAUAGAUCUCGUCGAGUACGCUCGAGCCCACUAUGUUGCGGCGCGAACGAUGCUGUCAUUCUGUGUCUCUUUGUCCUCUCCGUCGUCCCUCCACACACAAUGCUCGAUCGAGUUUUGGGGUUCCUUGGAAGGCUUCUCCCCGACGACAUACCUACGUCCGAUGACGCAGAUGAGAGCACAACAGACAAUGAAACACCGGCAGGAUUCGAGAAUCUACCCCUCUUUCAUGCUUCGACGCUUCGCUCAAUCGAAAUUGGCCACGACAACACUGGUAACAUUGCAUACUUCGACAAGCCAAGUGCCCCUUCAUCUUUGCACCUCUCACGCGCAAAAGAAACCACUGUAAAGCGCCAGAAACUCACGAAGGCCGACCGUAGCGCUGUCUUGUCUUCACGGAAAGUUAUCGCAACAUCUUCAGAGAGUGAAGCGAGCGAGGACAGUGUAACAUCUGGAGAAGGAAACCUGCGGCGCCCCUGGAAUCCUCGCCCUGAUGGUCAAUUCACGCGAAAAGUCUCGCGGGCAUGGCCUGCUGAUAUUCCCGGAAGUAGACGCGCUGAGAAGCCCGAGGAUGGAUGGCACUCGGUACGGAAAUGUCUUGGUGUCAUGAAAUGCCAUGGGCGGGACGGACAGUUGAGCAGAGGAUGCCCCGUCUGUCACGGCAAGAUUAUAGAGCAUAAGUGCCGCGUCAAAUGCGAGUCUUGGGUUUACCGCACAGGAGCGAUCUUCAAGCACCAUGGUAUUCAUCAUCACGACAACGCUCCGGCAAUACAUCUCUCCCAACGCGAGGAUCGGAAUUUCCAGCAGAUUGUCCAUGAGCAUCCACGAAUGGGACCUGUCAAGCUUCUGACGGGCCGGCCGGGAAUCAACGGUCCAGGGGAUUCUGUUGCGAAUAUCAGUCCAGUGCUCGACAAUCCGGGGCGAAUCCAAUAUGAGCGCCGGAAGCUGAUCAAGCCGGCGAUUCGUCUCAAUAGCAAAUAUUUCCUACCCGCCCUUGAGAAAUUGCGCCAAGAAAAUCCCGAAUGGACGAUUUCUUAUGAAGGAAGUAACGGUGUUCAACUUGUCAUCCUUCAAUCGAACUGGCAACGUCGCAUGGCAGUCAAGAACAGCAUUUCUACGGAGGCGGUCAAUGGGAUUGUCACGGAUGCAUGCCACGAUUUCAUUUCUAUGGAGGCGGUCAAUGGGAUUGUCACGGAUGCAUGCCACGAUUUCUUCACAGAACGGACGCACCUGCUGUUUCUCAGUUCAACAUUCGAGGCACAAUUCUUGAAAUGUUGGAUUCCCAUUCUUAUCUGUUUUUCGAACGGCGCAUCGGCAGAACAUUAUCGGCUAUUUUUUGCAUUUCUCUUCGCUGCGAUCGUGGCACGGUGCAAAGAGAAGGGUAUCAAGUUCACUGAUGAAUUCCUUGCUAACGUUGUCGACUUCAGUCAAGCUCAAAGCAAGGGUUUUUCCGGAGCUUACGUUGAUCUUCGGCGGAGCCAGGGCUCCAAAUGGACAAACAAGACAGAUUCCGAGCUGGCACAAAUUGGUGGUGCACUCCUGAAAGGAUGUCUGCAGCAUUUCUCAAACCAGAUAACGCGCGUCGCUAAGAUUAGUCAUGUCGUACCUCCUGGACAGCAGGCCCGAUUUCGAGAAUUGGCGCAGCGGAUGCUCCGAGCAAAGGAUCUGGAUCAGCUCCACGCCUUCGGUAACGACCUGAUGACCGCAUUUGAGCAUGCUACUCCAUGGGCGGAAUGGUGGCUGCGAGCCGACCACGCUCGAAUGCUGUUCGCUGCAGCGAGAGAGAUGGAUCCCGCUAUCGCAAUGAGCCUCCCCGAUACCACAAACGCUGCCGAAGCAAUGAACAGCCGUAUAUAUGCGAUGGCGGAGCGGAAGAACCAGUUGAUUCCUGGACUGGCGGCGCUGAUUCGUGUUGGUGACACAUUUGAGCGACGAUACUAUGCUGCGAAAGCGGGAAACAAAAUUUUCUACGGUGCCGAUCCGCAGCACUGGAAGAAAACGAAGGCAGUGUUUGGUUACACAAAGCAUACGCGGCAUCAAAGUAGCAAGAAAACUGUUUCGGAUGGUCGCCCACCGGAUACCAUUGCAACGUUGCAAGCUGCCUCACGCAAGGGUAAAAAGACGGUAGCUGAUCAAUACCAACGGGCCUAUAAGUGGGAUCAACACUCAUGUUCGAUCGAUUCAUCGCUUACCGCAAUUUAUUCGGCACUGAGUCGUGACCCUACAUGGAUUCGACGCCUCCAAGAUGCCCUACCGAUGCCGCACAUAAUACACUCGGUUGCAAUGCUCCUAGAAAAACAGAUCUCCCAGUCCUCACAUACGGCGUACGAGCCCAACGGUUGUGCAGAGUUGACGAGAGGUCGCGACCUUUUGCGGUUACAACUGGUGAAGAUCAAGGCCAUGCGGGGUGUUGGACUUUCGGACAGUAUUUUGCAGAUGAAAUCAAAAAAUGCAAGUCACGCACCGACAUGUCUGGCGAAAAUAGCGCUAUCGCUCUUCCGUGCCCAAGCUGUCAUCGUAAAGAAGUGCCAGGGGGAAUCGCCGACCGCUACUGAGCACUGGGAAGUCACCAAUCCAUUUUGGCGUUCCCCGUUUCGCCUUUCUCGGGAUGAUCAUAAAAGCCAUGGAGGUGAUCUUGAGAAAUGGAUGAGAUGGGUCAUGUUGCCGAAGCAGUGGACUGCCGUCGCUUGCUGGCGACAAGCGGAUGGAGGAUCAGUAUGCGCUGGGCUCGCAUUAUCAAAGGAGUUCAUCAUCGGAAUCCCGAUUGUACUCACCGUCGAACUAGGCGAGGAUGGCCAAUUCUCCUGGAUUAUCCCAUCACAUCUCGCACCGCUGGGCCCGACAUUUGCAACGGCGGGGUUGGGAGUCCGGUAUAGUCUCUGCGCGGUAAUCUUCACAAAUCAUACGGAGAAACGGGGUGAUAACUCACACUUCUUCACCCGAUACCACAUGGCAAACAGCAACGCAAUAUACGACUACGAUGGAAUGAAGCAUGCCGGGCACGCGAUUCGUUUGACCGGCAAGAAACUAGCUCGAUGGAUGACCGGGUUGUCGUCCGAUUUUCAGUCCAUUCCCGAAGGCUACCGCCCAAUGGCCAUUGUUUACCACCUAGAUGGAGGUGAGACCGCGCAAAGGGUGUUCCUAGAACAGCGGGAGAGAACAGCGCCAUGUGGCUUACAACUUGGGCGGUCCUUGUCAACGGAUCGCUUUUGGACUAUCGCACGCCUCGAAGACGCCAAUCACCUCGAGGAACUGACUGUCGAUGAGCGGGGAGUCUGGGCUGGUACACGACAUCGUGCCGAGACCAGGGAGUAUACUCGAGACGUCAACAGCUCGCCUGUGAAGCUAACAAAACGGGAUCAUGAGAAGGGGCUGAAAUCGUUGGCAAACCAUCUGGCAGCACCUUCGAAACGCAUCAUGAUUACUGACACCAGUAGCGAAAGCGACAAACCUAUUGCAGUUCGCAAGGCCCGGCGAAAGAUCACAAAAACGGCAAAGGUGCAGUCAACCCCCGAACGAACGGAGCCUGAAGAUAAGCGUCAGCCUUUUUCUGACCAGCAUCGUGAAACGAGGCUACUCCAACCUAAGAGCUACACAUCGUCAUUGGGGAUCCCUCACGUUCGAAAAACUCGUGAUCUGCGGCCCAAUUUCGCCAAGUCAUCGCAAUCUGACGAUUCUGUCAACGAAUUUUUACUCAAGAGCGCCGCAUUUUCCUCACCAAAGGCCGCACCCAGUCUCUCGGAGGACACAGAUUCCGAAACCCCUUGCAUUUUAAACUGUUGCAGUUGUGGGGAGCUUGGGCUUGACGACACAGAUGACAUGCAUGUCUUCGCAAUGACGCAGACUACAAUCGAGACCAGGACUGGCACGAUCCGAGCUGCGAUUUUGUUUGCAAGCACUGUAUUCGUCCCGUUGAUCUAUUUUACCGAAACGAGAUCGUUCUUCUACCUAAACCGCCAGCGCGAGUCCCAUGGAGUGACAGCUCUGUCAUUUGGUACCCUGCUAGAGUCAGGAACACGUCAAUAA